CGAGUGAUGAACGACGACAUCGUAGAAACAGUGGGCAGAAGACAGCGGCGACGACAUCGUUCGGUCUUUGCCCGCACACUCUUCUGAGUUCCUGAGACCAAUCGAGGAAUCGAGGUUGCUGCAUCCACCAGAUCACAAAGAUACAGAUCCGGAACAGCUAACUCACCAUGGAUAGAUUUGGUUGGGAGAAUCCAGCGGCCAUCAGAACCGAGGUUUCCAUGUCGCCAAGUAUAUGGAGCAAUCACUACGAUGAUUUCACAACCUCUAGCGAAGGCCACAACAGCUUUAACGAGGAGUCGGACCUCAACGAAGCUCUCAUCCUCAGCUCAAGUCUCGAGCUUCAGCGGAUUCUUGCACGCCAAACCAGUUCAGAUGUUGAUGGAAUCAGUGAGUCGAUGGAAAUCUUAACUCCCGCCUCGGACUCCAUCAACAACAGUUUGAAUCUGGAUCUGUUGCAGUACCAAGAAGCGAUAAUGUCAGCAGCUGACUCUGUUCUCAUGACACCAGCACUGGGUACUACCUUGGGCGAUGCUGCUGCUCCUCCAUCAUUCGGGACAUCUGAAGAGCUACAAGUCAUCAGCAACACCGUCGAUGCGCAAGAUGGCACCGCGGCUGCGUUUUCUCGACGCACGAAUGUGGUGCAUGGUUUGAGUUGCAGCGGUAACAUUUCUUCGGGGGAGUCCGAGAACGGCGGGCCAAACCUGGACGAUGUGGCUUCACAGGCUUCCUCGGUUCGGCAACUCGAAUCUCUGAAGGGAAGGAGAAACGCCAAGAGAAAGUUAGAUGAGGUGAAGAGAGUAGGGGAAAGCAACCACCCGAUUUGUAGCCUCCUCCAAUCGAGUUGCUCAACAGGGGAGGGAGGCUAUCAAAUUAGCUUCUCAAGGGGAGCCCAAUCGAAGAAGCCGAGAUCAGAGAAGCACUCGGGGAGUUCGAGUAUCGAUUUUGUUCGGGAAGGCGGAUACGAGCCCGACACCGAGGCGAUCGCGCAGGCGAAGGAGAUGAUCUAUAGGGCUGCAGCUCUGCGGCCGGUGAGUCUGGGGGUGGAGGAGGCAGCGGAGAAGCCACAGAGGAAGAACGUGAAGAUAUCGAGUGACCCACAGACUGUGGCUGCAAGGCAUAGGAGGGAAAGGAUAAGUGAGAGGCUGAGAAUACUGCAAAGGCUGGUCCCAGGGGGCAGCAGAAUGGACACUGCGUCUAUGCUCGAUGAGGCUGUCAACUACCUCAAGUUCCUCAAGUCACAAGUCAGAGAUCUGGAAACCCUGGGUAACAGGUUCCUUCCGGUUAACAGUAGCACCACAGCACCACCCUUCCCACUGCCAUUGAACCAAGCUUCUUCCACGCAGACAAUUCUCCUCCACCGAGAACCCUAAACACAGGCAAAAGGUCAGACAGAUUAAGUAAGCUCCUCGAGACCCACACAUCAUAUUAUUGCCUUCAUCAUUAGCUUAGAGUCUCGGGCUCAUGGAUUCAUCCCUUUCUCUUUAGCAGACAUACUUUUCCCUUGCAAAGAAUCCUAAUUCUAAAGCUGGUCUUCCUCCCUUUUAACCUUAAUUCAACUAAAGCAAUCUUGGUCCAACACCCAUUAGUUCGAAGAAUCAUUUCUGCGAGUUGUCAGUCUCAUGCAAAACCCUAAACAAAACCAUCAUACAGUCGCGAGUACUUCCUUUCUGGUUGUCUAUGAAGCAUGGCAGCCGCAGCCUUUAAUCCAACCCUUCCAAUGCAUAAAGGAGUGAGGAAUCAUGACAUCUAUGAUUAGGAGCCCUACCUUUGAUGUGGUCACAACUUCUCUCUUCCCUGGGCUGCUCAACUCCAUCUUUAGCUUCCCUCAUAAUCUCAUUCCUUUCUACAGAUUAGUAAAAGCUGCGUCUCUUCGGGCAUGCGGCCCAAAAGCUGAGACAUUCUCUUGGGUCCGGGCAUGUGGCAGAGAGGAUUGUCCCCCAUCAAUUCAAGGCAAGCGUGCCCUUGAGAAGGCCACCAAGUAUGGCAAGCACAUGGUGAUCAGAAAAAGAGCAAGCCUUUCUACAAUAACCCCUGCCUGCCUCAACCAACGUCUUUCUUAUCUCCUCCUCUUCCACUGUUCAGGUCUCAUGGAGAACAAAGAAUGUGAAGGUGAAGCAUUGGAUAAAAUUGAAGUGUAAUUGGCCACUUGAAUUGGCAACUUGUAAUGGGCGGCACUCUUAAGCUAAUUUGUCUUGUUGCAUGUCAA